UAUAAAUAAUUAGAAAUUUGAAUAAAAUACAGAGUAAAGUAAUUCAUCAUAUGUAUAAUCACAAAGCUAGAAAAAUUGUUUUCCAAUUAUACUGGAUCCAAAAGUGUGAUGUAAAAUAUAUCAAAUUACUAAUAUAUUUAAUAUAAGUCUCCGAAUUUACUACAUAUAACAUAGCCAUUUAUUUCUCCUUUGCGACCCGAGUUAAAAUAACAUAACUCAUAUAUAGGGUUGAGCAUAACGCAUUUGGAGAUAAAAAAAAAAUCAUAUACUAAAUAACUAUUAGAGCUGAAAUACAGAAAUACCCAUACAAAUGUCAAGGGCCACAAAAAUAGUAUAUAAUUCCCAAAGUACAACAUACAACAAAUUGGAUAGAGAUUUGACAAAAAUCAUGCAUAAAAUUACAACCCAUGAGAUAAAAACCUAACACAAUAACAAUAAUUAACAAUGUGAAGGCAACAAAGAAUUACAUUGAUAGUAGAGGCUUUUAGCUCAACAUUUAAGGAGCACAAAUUGCAUCUUAAAAUUCAACAAUAAUAACACCUCAAAGCUUACUAGUUUAGAGACAUAAGGCAUGUGGUAGAUAUCUCGCAUACAAGGAAGAAGGAAACUAAAAUGUCACAAAUAUACAUACUUUCAAAGAGAUCAUGACAUGCUAAGGUUGGACAAUAAGCUAAACUUUAAGCAACAAAGAUCAUUGUUAUAAAGAUACAUAAACCAAGCUUUAAUUUGCAAAAUCACUAGGCAACAAUACUAGGUAUAAGACAGGCUUAAGCAAGUUCAAUUCCAACAAGAAAAAUUGCUACUAGAGCAUCGAGUUCUACAACAAUCAAAAUAUCAAAGCCUCAUACCUUAGAACUUGUUGACGAGCUAGUGACAACACACUAUUCUAACCUCACACCAACCUCGCCAAGCAGCAAUGAUGUGUGUCAAAAGAAAUGAAGGAAGAAGGGUUGUUUUGAAUGACUGAAGUUGAGGAAGAGCAUUAGAAUUGGAAGGCAAAGCUAAUCAAAGAAAGUUAAAUCUCAACCGUAGAUGUAGUUAAGAAUUGGGUCCACUUCUAAGUUGUAAUCUCCACAGUUGUUUUCUCUAUAUAAGAAUGUAACCUAAUAUUGCAGGGGACUAUGAUGGAAUUAGUGGACUUGUUACUUUCUCCUUUUUCUCUUCUCUAGUUCCUCUUCUUCUCUUCUUUUCUAGGUCUUCUUCCUUUGGCUUGAAUUGAUGUGUAUCAAAAGAAAUGAAGAAAGAAGGGUUGUUUUGAAUGACUAAAGCUGAGGAAGAGCAUCAGAAUUGGAAGGCAAAUCUAAUCAAAGAAAGUUAAAUCUCAGCCGUAGAUGUAGUUAAGAAUGGGGUCCACUUCUAAGUUGUAAUCUCCACCGUUGUUUUCUCUAUAUAAGAAUGUAACCUAAUAGUGGAGGGAACUAUGAUGGAAUUAGUGGCUACUUUCUCCUUUUCUCUUCUCUUCUUUUCUAGGCCUUCUUCCGUUGGCUUGAUUUCACAGGGUUUCUACACAACAGUGGUAUCAGAGAUCGAUCCUGGCCAUGGCUAACACCUCUAAGAAGCAGGAUCUGAAAGAUUUGGAGAGUUUGAUGCGGGAAAUUGAUGAAAAGCAUAGCAAGUCUAUUCAGGAAGUCAGAGAACAAAAUCUCAAAUCAAUGGAAGAGGUUAAGCAAGAAGUCAGAGAACAAACUCUCAAAUCCAUGGAAGAAAUUAAACUGCUGAUUUCUGGCAUUGCUUUGCAGAAUACUGAGGUGCAAUCUCAUACUCAAUCUCCAGUUAUGGCUAAUAGUAGUGGAAUUCUUGGAGCAGGAUGGAAUUCAUCUGUGUCUAGUCAUUAUUCCAAGAUAGAAUUUCCCCGUUUUGAUGGUAUUGGGUUGGUGGAAUGGUUAUUCAAAGUUGAACAGUUCUUUGAGAUAGAUCAUACUCUUGAGCCAAACAAGGUGAAAAUGGUUUCCAUUCAUUUGGAGGGCAAAGCUUUACACUGGUAUAAAGCUUUCUUAAACAUGAAAGAUAGAGGGAAAGUGUAUGUCUGGAAGGAAUUUGUAGAAGCUUUGACUCACGUUUUGGUGAGCAUGCUUUUGAUGGUACUCUGACGGAGUUGAAGAAAUCGACACAGGUGGGGUCAUUGCAGCAAUACAUGGAGGAAUUUGAUGUGCUAUAUUGUAAGAGUGGAUUGAAUGAAAAUCAGGUUAUUUGCCAUUUCCUUGGAGGAAUUUGAUGUGCCAUUUUCUUUUUCAAAUCACAAAAUUCAAGAUUAUGAAAAAAGUAGACACAUAAGACUACGACAUAUCCGAAAUUCACAUUAUUUCAAGUACUAAUCAAAUUAUAGCAUUCAUAUGAAUCUCCGAUUAUUUUUGUAGACUUAUAAUUCAGACAUAUCUCAUUCAAACUUGCAUAUCUCUCAAUAUACAAUUCUAAAAUCAAUGAAAUUUUACUGAUAAUCAUACAACUUAAUAAGAAACAACUUUUAUA